AUGCUCGCACCAAGGGCCCCCGCGGCGAGGGCGGGCGACCUCGCGCCCGCCCUCGCCUGCUCCUCCCACGGCGACGUGCCCGACCGCUUCCCGGAGGACGACUGGCGGCGGCGGUCGCGGCCCAUCAGGCCCGGCGGCGUGUACCCGGCCAAGGAGCACUGCAGCCGCUGUGGCCUGUGCGACACGUACUACGUGGCGCACGUCAAGGAGGCGUGCGCGUUCCUGGGCGAUGGCAUGUCAAAAAUUGACAGGUUGGAGGAAGAAGUCCAUGGUCGAAAGAGGGACAAGGCGAACGAUGAUGAACUCCAUUUUGGGGUGUACAAGGACAUGAUGUACGCCAAAAACAGGCCCCCAGUGAAGGGUGCCCAGUGGACGGGGAUAGUCACACAGAUCGCUAUCGACAUGCUUCGGUCCAAAAAAGUGGAUGCUGUUGUGUGCGUUCAGAGUGAUGAAAAUGACAGACUUUUGCCCAAGCCCAUGGUGGCAUUCACAGUGGAGGACAUCCUGGCCUCCAAGGGGGUAAAACCCUGCCUGUCUCCCAAUUUGAAUGUGUUGGCAACAGUGGAGGCCCUGAACGUCAAGAGGCUCUUGUUCAUCGGAGUGGGAUGCCAGGUCCAGGCACUGCGGUCCAUUGAGCAGUACCUCAACUUGGAGGCGCUGUACGUGUUGGGCACCAACUGCGUUGACAACGGCACCCGUGAGGGCCUGGACACCUUUGUCAAGACUGCCAGCACCGACCCUGACACGGUGCUGCACUACGAGUUCAUGCAGGACUACCGUGUGCACAUUAAGCACACUGACGGGCACUUUGAGUACGUGCCCUUCUUCUCACUACCCUCAAAGAAGCUGAACGGUGUCAUCGCGCAGUCGUGCUACAGCUGCUUUGACUACCCGAACUACCUGGCUGACCUUGUGGUGGGGUACAUGGGAGUGCCCUACAAGGACUCCAACAUGACCUCCCACCCACAGUACCUCACGGUCCGCAACGCCCAGGGCGCCGAGAUGCUGGACCUGGUGCGGCCCAAGCUCACCAUCACGCCCACCGAGUCCUCAGGCGACCGGCGGCCCUUCGUGAUGCAGACCCUCAUCUCAGACGAUGACGCCAAGCUGGGAGAGGCGCCUGACCCCAUGCCGCGGUGGCUGGGCACCAUACUGGCAUGGGUGCUGGGGCUCCUGCCUGCGGGCCCCAAGGGCCUGGAGUUCGCCAAGUACUCGCUGGACUAUCACUACCUGCGGAAUUACUUGUACGUGGGGAGGAAUUGGGGGCGGGAGGCUGGGAGGCGGCACGUGCCCGAGUAUGCGCAGGACAUUGUGGGGCAGUACGACCGGAAGGAGAUAGCAGACAGGGUGGCGCGGAGGGACGCCGACUACACCGGCGUCAGUUGA